AUGAAGAUUCUGGUUCUAACUGCGGCGCUCGUCGCCAUCGCUACUUGCCGCUCCGGCUCCACCACUGAAAAUCAACUGUGGACGGUUGGCAAACUGUAUCGCUAUGAUGUUAACUCUCAUACCUUGGCUCACCAAGAAGAAGGCCCGCGGAGUGGCAGCGCCUUUAGGGCACGCUUCAUCAUUCGCGUCUUGGCUCCCGGACGUCUACAAGCUAAACUUGAAGACCCUGAGCAUACUCUAAUACACCAAGAGAUGAAAAACAACCAGGAACUCCCGAAAGAUCUCAAGUACCAACCUGUAUCCAAACUGGAUCAACCGUUUGAGAUCUUGGUCGAAGAAGGCCGUGUCAAAUCUCUCAAUCUGCCAUCAAGUAUGCCUCUUCCCCAUGAGAAUUUACUCAAAGGUUUGCUCAGUGCUCUGCAAGUGGAUCUUUCAACACAGAGACAUAUACGUAGUACGAGUAACAACUACGAUGAAGAGACCAACCAAGGACUGUUCAAGAAGAUGGAAACUGACGUCACUGGCGAUUGUGAGACUCUCUACAGUGUGUCCCCUGUACAAUCCGAAUGGCGCCGCGAGAUCCCUCUGUUCGCAUCUGUUGAGGAACCAAUUGAGAUCACAAAGAGCAAGAAUUACCAGCAUUGUCACCACAGAGUAGCUUACCACUUUGGAGUUCCCGAGGGUUCCGAAUGGACUGGCUCAGCCCACAAAUCACACGAGGAACAAUUCAUGAGGCGCUCAACCGUAUCACGUAUUCUAAUGGGUAAAGAGGGUCCUAUUUAUAAAACAGAAACCACCAGCAUCGUUGCCGUACACCCACAUUUAUAUGGCAAGCAGAAAGCUCAGGUGCACAGUUACGUUAAUUUGAACCUGGUAUCACUUGAACAGGAUACCGAAGGAGUUUGGCCUAAACCUGAAGGCGGGCGUCUCGUUGAAAAUCUGUUAUACUCCGUAACAUCAAAAAAAGUUACCAUUAGUGACGACAGUCUAUCAUCAGAAUCUAAUGAAAAUGUGGAAGUUGAUGAUACUCAAAAUAGAGUGGUGAGAAAUAACGAUGCAGCCAGCUCGUCGUCGAGUUCAUCUAGUUCCUCCAGCAGUGAAGAAGCAGCUUUCAUAAACGAUGACAUUCCUAGGAAUAAUGAGCCUGCUUAUGCAGCAUUAUACAUGACCCAUCAAUCCCGAGUUGAUAAAAAACAGAACACUAUGAAUGCUCAAAAACUUGUGCAGGAUAUAGCUCAACAGCUACAAAAUCCCAAUAACAUGCCUAAAGCAGACGCAUUAUCUAAAUUCAACAUACUUGUCAAGAUUUUAGCAUCUAUGAGUUUAGAGCAACUAACACAGACAAGUCGCGGCAUUGAAAUUGCUAAGUCCUCCAACAACAAUAUUAAAUCUGACAUGUGGAUGGUCUUCCGGGAUGCGGUAGCUCAAACUGGCACUCCACCGGCUUUCCAACUAAUUAAGUCCUGGAUUCAAACUAAAAAGAUCCAUGAAGAGGAAGCAGCUCAAGUGGUGGCAAGUCUUGCUGGAACAUUGCGGUACCCCACUAAAGACCUUAUGUUACAAUUUUUCGAUCUGGCUAUGAGUGAUGAAGUAAGACAACAAAAGAAUCUCCACAACACUGCUUUGAUUGUUGCUACUAGAUUCAUUAAUCGAGGUCAUAUUAAUAAUGAUACUGCUCAUAAUUUCUAUCCUACUCACAUGUAUGGCCGUCUCUGUCGCCGACAUGAUCAAUUCGUCAACGAAAAGAUCCUACCCCGUCUCUCUCAGGAAUUGAAAAACACUGUUGAACAAAAAGAUAGUAAACAAGCUCAGGUCUACAUUAGGGCAAUUGGAAAUUUGGGACACCGUUUCAUUAUCGAAAUAUUUUCUCCGUACUUAGAAGGUAAAAUCCCAGUAUCGACAUAUCUUCGCCGUGAAAUUAUCAAUAGCUUAGAUGUCCUCUCCUACCAGGGAGAUCACGAUGUGAAGGCAGUAUUGUAUAGCAUUCUGAAAAAUACUGCUGAGCCCUAUGAGGUGAGAGUUGCUGUUGUUGAUAAAAUCAUGAUGUGCAUUCCAACUACUCCUAUGAUGCUGGCUAUGGCUCAAAUGACUCAUGAUGAUCCUAGCAUUCAUGUCCGCGCUUCAUUAAAAUCCGCCAUUGAAUCUGCCGCUAAAUUGAGAAAUCCCCGAUAUUUAGAACUAGCAAGAAUCGCUAAAGCUGCCAAACCUAUGGUAACGAAAGAAGAAUUUGGUCACCAAUACUCUACCAAAAAUCUCCAAGAUUAUUAUGACAAUGAAUAUGAAAUGGGUAUCCUGAGAGACUUAGCUACCAUUGGAAGUCAUGACAGUAUGCUGCCUAAAUACCUGAAGUACUCCAUAAAAAGCAAAACGAGAGGCUGGAAUAAUGACAAUCUGAUUUCAGCUUCAGCAUCAAGCAUUGAUCAGUUAGUCGACUAUUAUCAAUAUCUGAUGGGCCAGAAUCAUAGAAACCAAGAAUUGCAACAGGAAUUCAAUCACAAAUAUUCAGCCGAAAAAAUCGUAGAAAUGCUGAAUAUUAAACGCGGAGAUUCCAAACCUCUGGAAGCUGCUUUCUACUUAGACUUGAUGAGUCAACAAAGAUUAUUUACCUUCGGCGAAUCAGAUAUUAAACAAUUGCCUAAAUUAAUGUCAGAGUACUUCUCUAAUCUUAACAAUGGUAUUGAGAGACAUUACACGAAGAUCUUCAAUCAGGCCCAAGUCUCCGUAAUGUUCCCAGUAGCCAUGGGUGUGCCAUUCAUCUUCAAAUACAAGGCACCUACUGUUGUACAUAUCCAGGGCAAACUUAAAGGCGAACACAAACAGAACAAAGUAACCAUAGACAAGGAGGUAUACCUGACUUAUGCAAGAAACCUUGACGGAAGCGUCGGUUUCCUGGAUACUCUUUCCAAUCAGUACCCAUCUACAGGUGUUGUUAAUAAAUUGCAAGUAAGCAUCCCCCUCAAAUUGCACUUAGAUGUGAAUCAAGGAGAAGUGAAGAUUGGCUUGGAACCAUUACGCCCCGAUCAGGAUUACAAUAUCCUCCACUACAGUGUAUGGCCAUACACCGCGAACCAGAAGAAGGAUACGUUGGUCCCCGUUUCACAGGACACUACUACUAAGGUUAUCAACCGCGUAUUCAAGACGUCUGCUAUUGACACUAAAUUCGGACAAUCAGUGGGCAUGCAAUUCCAAAUUCAAGGAUACUCAUAUUCUUCAGAUUACAAGAACAUUGCAAGCAUGUGUCACUGUCGCAAUAUGUUCAUGAAUCUCGCUUCUCUACUAUCCCAAAAAGAUGUUGCUCUGACACAUUACAAUUUGAAAUACCUUGCCAAACAAAGUCAAAACAAACGACUAACGCUGACUGCAGUUUAUGAUAAAUUAUUCAACCAAAAACAGAAUAAGAAACAGGAAUAUACUGCAUCUGAUGUGAAGGAUGUCAAACCAAACAGUGAAGAGCGUCGCAAAGAAUUACUCAACCGCGUCGUUCCAGAAAUUAACACUGCAAAAGUACAAAUCCUCGACUUAAGCGCUACUUUUGAAGGAGCACAAAAAUUAGAAUAUGUGUUUACCUGGGCUAUGGCCAAUAGUCCAGUCGAUCACAAAAUCCAUUAUACAUUCUUUGCUGGUAAAAAUUCUGAACAACAUGGAAACAGUCAAAUAAACGGAAUAGGCAUGGUCAUUAAACCAGAAAUGUCUUUCCUGAACUUCCUCAAAGCCCUCGAUAUAGAAAUGAAGACGGUAUUUAAUUUUAAUCUCAAUUACGGCCGCAAUGGAAACAUUAACGUUAAAGGGUUCUUGGAGCGUAGCAAGAAAUAUGCAGAAUUACUUCAGAACCAUCCCUUGGCAAAGGUCUGUAAAGAUCAAAUGGGUUUAAACAAUUACUACCAAGAGGCUUGUCACAAAAUGAUAGUGCUGGCUCACGCUCCUGAUUUCAUUAAGGCUUCAGUAACAUAUAAGGAAGUUAGUCCCCGUGUGAAAGCUUUAAUGAGCCAAGUGUACUCCAUGUUAGGAUAUUUAGGUUACUGGGCAUUGGAAACAAACCCAAUGAAGGUUACAUCUGAUGGCCAAUUGGAAGUAUCAGCUCAGAUUAGCUAUUUGCAACAAUCUAUGGAUGUCCUUAUAAAUUCAAGAAUGGGUGAACUUCAUAUUAAGGAUUUACCCAUCCCAGAAUCGUCAGCUACUGGUUUAGCCAUCUACACUCCUAUCAAAUCGAGUCAGCGUCUACGCAACUAUUACACAAAUUAUCAAUCUUUGCCUUAUUGCACUGUGGAUGAGAACACAAUUAAGACCUUCAGCAACCGUGCCUACGAUUACACACUGAGCCCCUCAUGGCACCUCGUGAUGCUGGACAUCGGUAGCCAGCCCGAAUUCCGCAACAAUAAACUGGUAGUCCUUGCCCGAAGAAUGAAUGCGAAGCAACAAGAAUUAUACAUUUCCUACGGGCUAAAGACCAGCGGUCUACAUCUAGAAGUUGAAAUACAACCUCCUCGGGACAACUCCAACAAGUGCAGCGUGAAAGUUAACACCAACUCCAAGAAGAUCUCAGAAGGCGAGCUUACCAUCUAUUGGGACGAGGUCGAGGAAACCCCACUGCUUCAGUACAACACCAAUUCUGAUGGUGUUCUGGUCAUAGACAUAAAGGAAAAUCGUCUGCGAGUUAUGUAUGAUGGUCAAAGAUUUGUAGUCAUGUCGAAGAAGGAUCGCUACACCAACAGAGGAAUCUGUGGACAGAUGUCUGGAUCCCCUCGUUUGGACUACUUGACUCCGUUUGGAAUUGUCGACAAGCCUGAACAUUAUGGUGCUGCUUUCUCCUUGACUGACGAGAAUGCUGAUCCGAAAACAAUACAGUUAUUAGAAGAGGCUAAGAAAGCGGCUUACCAGCCAAAACACCAGUACACCUCAAUCCUAAGGAACAAUGGUGAAUGGCAAAACGCUGCGUAUUCCAGUUCUUCUUCGUCAUCAUCAGAGGAGAAAUCAGGAUCCACAAACGUGUACAGAUCAAGGAACUACUUGAAACAGCGCGAGGAGUGUCAGAUUAAAGAACAAGUCCAAUAUUAUGAAAACCAUGAUGAGAUUUGCAUUUCCACCUUACCAGUGAAGUCUUGUCAGACCCACUGCAACGCUGGGCAGUUUACGUCUGAACCUGUCCAAGUCAUUUGCAAGCCCAAGAUUGACCAGCUAUUCAAGGCACAGAGAGACCAAAUACGCCGAGGUGGCAACCCUAAAGUGAAUGGCGUACCUAAAAUCGUACAAUACAGGGUACCAAGUACAUGCUCGGCGUAA